AUGCGACUUUUCCUCGCCCUCCAACUUAUCGUACUCGCUUUUUCGUCAAAUGUCACCGAGAAAAAGUGCUCCAGAAACAGGUAGAGAGGCGUCUGGAAGUCUAUAUUGUCGAGCUCACUUUUUUCCAUUUUUUAGUAUAAACCUUGGAAAGCUCAUCGACACGCUGCUCACCGACUAUGACACUCAUCUGUUGCCAGAAGCUGAAGGCGUCAACGUCACCAUUGAGCUUCAUGUGCAGGUGAGUUCGUGGCCGGGGAAAGUUAGGCCACGCAUGAAACUUUGAGUGUUUACUGUAGAAGAAUUGGGCUCUGAAUCUGAGUAAUCAGGUUCCAUAAUAAUAAUAAACAGUUAUUUCGAGAACUAAAAAAGAUUGAGCAAACGUUUCAACUGCCAAAGCACACAAUUUGCAACAAAACGAUAAUACUCGUGUCUCAGGGCGUCUCCGGGAUCUCUGAGAUAACAGGAGACUUCUCUCUGGACGUGAUGUACAGUGAGAUCUGGCAGGAUCCGCGGCUUUCGUUCAAACAUUUGAACGUGUGCGCCACCAAUAUCACUUUGAAGGUAUCACCUGAUCAGCGUCUAUUUUCACUAACAAAAACUGUUUUAGUCUGACUUUCGCAAAAAAAUUUGGACGCCCGACACGUGUAUAAUCAACUCGAAGUCCAGUUCGAUUCACUCGUCGCCCAGUGAGAACACUUUUGUGAUUCUCUACGAAAACGGAUUGGUUUGGAGCAAUUUCAGGUUUGUUUGUUGGAUUUGCUCGCGGCGCCUCCGCCUAUUAGUGCCCUUCAUUAGUGCACUUUUUCGACCAAAACACAAAUGUUUUUUGGGCUUUUCAGGUUGAAUGUGAAGACGCCGUGCUCGGUGAAUCUUAAGGUAAACCCGUCCGGCCCACUUGGAUCUUCUAGACGAUUCGCAACUUUCAGAUGUUUCCGUUCGACUCUCUGUCCUGUGAAAUCGUGCUCGAAUCCUACUCGUUCAAUACGGAUGAAGUACGGUUAAUGUGGCACGAUGUUCCUAUUACAAUGAUGGAAAAAGUGAGUGAUUCUUUUCCUCAAAUGAGUGGGUCUCGAGUCUCGACUUUAGGUGGAACUGCCGGAUUUCGACUUGAUCGGCUGGUCGACGGACCAUCAGCGUCUCGAAUAUCCGAACGGAAUCUGGGAUCGGGCGAAGGUGAGUGGGCUACCGUACCCCUUUCCUACAGUACUCGACCUCCUUCCCGUAGGGUCAUGCUCUAGUGUUUCAGAAUAGGAUCCAGGCCAAGACCGCGUUUGUAAGUGAUUGUUUUCCUUGGUCAGCAUGGGUUUAUCUAUCUCUUAUUGACCUGCCCGCCGCAAAAGUAACUCACUUUCCUGAGAUAGUAUGGUAUCCACUGAUACCGUAACCGUUCCAUUCCAUCCCACUCUUCACAAGUUCAUUCCUCGAUUCUCUUCCGUUUCAGGUCAAAUUCACAUUUGCGCGUCGCUACGGUUUCUACCUGUUCCAAUCGUAUUUCCCCACUUCGCUGACCGUCAUCUCCUCCUGGGUCGGCUUCUUCUUCGACGUCCGCAGCGUCUCCGCCCGCAUCACUCUCGGCGUCUCCUCUCUUCUGGCGCUCACUUUCCAGUUCGGCAACGUUCUGAGACACUUGCCACGUGUCAGCUACAUCAAAUGUCUGGACGUCUGGAUGAUAUUCUCCGUCAUUUUCAUCUUCUGCACUCUCGUCGAACUGGCGAUUGUCUGCCAGCUGAACAGGUCUGUUUGAUAUGGCCAUUGAAGUGGAAUAUUUGAUUGUUUAGAUGGGAAAGAGAGCGUCAAAUCGGCUCGAAAGUGCUCGGUCACUGGCUGAAUCAGAUCCGGAAGACCAGGAAAAAGGAGUCAAAAGUGGACGAAGGCGGCGGAUUACUGCGGAAAAGAGUGCCCGUUCUGGCCCAACUGAAGGCCGCCGCCGAUCCGAAUUCGGGCACAAACACCACAACGACGGCGAUUCAGCCGGCCGCCAACUCGAGCGUCAACUCGGACGGCAACAAAACGCCCAACAACUUUACUUCUGUAAGAGAACAAUUUCGAGAAAGGCUCUCUGAACGGCCACUUUCAGAUCGAGCACGAGACGUUUGCGUACGAGAAAAAGAGCGGGUGGUCGGCGAGAUUCCGACGAUUCGUCUAUGCAAUUUGCCCGCCCGAUCGGGAUUGGACUAUUACGAGUGUGCAGGUGAGCACUUUUGCGGAUACUCACCUGAAUCAUAGCCGUUUUUUUGUGAAACCCCUCCGCGUUUCACCACAAAAAAAUUUCCCUUAAAAAUUAAAAUUGUCGGGAGUGAUCUCGAAUCUUUUAACGACAAGAACUGAUAACGUUUGGUGUCUAGAUCCGCGUCAUGCCGAAUAAAAUUUGCUUAAAAUUUGUCAAUUUUUGUGAACGUGUGUUUCUUUCCGUGAAAAUUUUCAUGUUUUCCUGAUUUUGCAGGUGAAUUUUAAUUUUUCAUGUAAGAAGGACUUUCGAUGAAACGAAACGUUGUGAGACUCAUCUUACACGCGAAAAAAUAUAAACGUUUUUCUUUUAAACUCAUAAGACUCCGCAUAUUUUCACUACCGCGGAUCGCUGACGUUCACCAGGUUAUUUGAAUCUGUAAGAUCAUAAAAAGGGACUCUCUGAGAAGCCACAAAAGUCCCUAAACCGUCCAAUUAGGAGUUGAUAAGAGUGUUGCGUGUAAUCCAGUCCGUGUGCCCCGAUGGCCGAGCGGUCCAUGGCGUGAGUCUUAUGAACUCAUUCGGGUUAUUCCGAUCGCGGGUUCGAAUCCCGCUCGGGGCAAUGAUCUUUUGUCCUUCUUCUUCUGCCCCAUAACUCGAUCAAUAUUUCAGGUGGACCGUUGCUCAAUGAUAAUGUUUCCGCUCUCCUUCCUCAUCUUCAAUGUCGUGUAAGUUGCCCGGUCGGUUCCGUUUCCCUAUUUGAAUCUUUCAGAUACUGGUCAAUUUACUUCAUGAAAAUGGAUCGUCCGAUGUAG